AUGGAAACGUGGCAGCAAGGGCAAGGGGGGACAGCAGCAGCCAAAUUCAUCCCUCUCUCUCUGACACCCUUUGAAAAAUGUUCGGGACCAUGGUCUCCACAUUCUGCAGCCAGCAAAGGUGGAACUGAGCCAUUCCUUCUUUUUCAUCCCUCCAGCGUGGCCCUCCCUCUCCAGCAAGAGGGGUUCUUUAAGCUUGGCAGUGUAACCCCCCCCCCCCCUCGCCCCCAUUCCCUUGCACUAGAGCUCAGUAUUUCUACAGUUAGAGGCAAGGAUCUCGCUGGGGCAGGGGGAGCCAGCAGUGGCAAUAAAAGUUUGUUGACCUGGGCUAAGCUGAACUCCAUGAAUUUUCCAUUCUGGCAACUAGGAGGGGAAGGGUAG